CACAAAUGAAGCGACUGUAUUUGUAAUAUCAUUAUCAUGUGCUAUCAUCGUCAACGACUACAAAUCUCACACUGACAUAUGUUAAUAAGUGUCGAGGGAGGCGACCUAUGGCACUCAGUGUUUUACAGAGAGCCUUCCUUCAGACAUCAAUCAGGCGGAUAUACGCAAAUGCAGGACUAUUACUACUCGCCUUCCUGCUGUCGACGUCCAUUCAAGGCACAUCGUAACCUUGUCAGACCACACCAGAUGGCAAAUGAUCGGUGCAAGUAUCCGACCUGACUCUCGCCGCUAGCAGUUCAGCAACGUCUGUCCCGCCACGCUCUCUUAUCCGAUCUUCUCCAAAAAAGGAUGAGUGAUGUAGCCUCCCAAGCUGUAUCCGCCAGGCCACUGCAUCACCUUUAUAUAUCACCCAGUCAUGAAUGUGUAAGAAGCGUAGAGGACAAAAUUCUGCAUGAUUAUUCCCAUCCAUCAAUAUUAAUCUCUCACAUACAUCUCAAUCCAACUUCCAGGUAUACCACCAUGUCUUCCACAUUGGUACCCUCUCCACCUUCAGAACAAGCCCUCCGUACCAUUCUUCCUCUCCCUUCUCCACAAGACGGAAUCUACAGUGAACCGCGUAUCCCUCUUGAAGUCAAUGUUGUACCUAUCACUUGGUCAUCAGAUGGGAAACAUUAUCCGGCCCCAUCAUUGACCGAGAAUCGUACCUUGUUGACAAUAAUCAGUAACAGCAGACAAUACACUUCUGCGUUUGGCAAAGAAUACUGCAGGCAUGCCAAAGAUAUUGUACUCCUUAUGUUCGCCUCUUUUCACCCCUGCUUCGGCCGGAUAAUCACUUCAACUGAAUUUGCAUACUAUCACCUCCAAUUCCUUCACCAGCAACCCAAUAUGGCCAGAUUGUUGUCAGAAAUUCUGGAUGCUGUAGUGUAUAACAUCACGCUGGUGACGUUCAAACUGGACGAAAUCAUCGCUUGCGUCAAAUGGCAGCCUUCAGUCGUGCGAGAAAUGGACUACCACGCCGGAUUGGAAGGACUUCACAUAGAGAACAAUGACGACGAGAAAGAAAAAAACUCAGCAUCCAAACAAGGAACAUUGCACGCAUUCAACCCAGACCAUGGGUGGUCUGGCUGCAUUCGUGUACCUUCUAGCGCAACACAACCCAUUCAACUUUUCAGGCUCAAGACCGCUAGUGAACUUGCCAAAGGGCUCAAGCAUGGAGACUCGGAUGCUUUGAUAGAAGUAAAAGAUUGGAUCCUAACUUUAACAGAGGAAACUGAGGAAUUUGAGUGUUCUUACAGACUCCGGUCCGUAGAGACAGAAGGGAAGAGCAAGAGUAGGCAAAAGGGAAAACACAGUCUUUUGGCAUAUUCUGGCAACUCGAAUGACUCGAAUGACUCGGAUGAUUCGGAUGAUGUGGAUACCGGCCGAAAAAAAAGGUGUCGAUCGUCAACCAUAAGGGAUGGACAGAGGAAUAUUCACAUCAUCGAACCUAGGAAAACGGGUAGAAUUGACAAAAGCAAGGCUGGACAGGAAGCUGAAAGCUAUAGUGACGAAGCAGAUGCCGAAGAUGAAGAUGACCAUGUCGGCUCGGGAAUGGACUCGCCGAUAGACAUCGACAUGACUCUUGAAUCUGGUACCGAAGAUAGCGACCCGGCAAGUGACAUUGACGUCUACCAACCCACUACAGAAGACGAAGAUAGUGAGGGUGAGGAUGAGGAGGAUGAUGAGGAUGAAGAUGAAUAUGUACCUGCAUCUCGCGGCCGUGGCCGAUCGUCCGCUCGUGCGUCAAGCAGCAAGCUUCCUUAUCGUAAGCAAGCCAAGAAGCACAUACAGGUUAGACGAAGGACUUCAAAGGCUUCAUCUUCCUUCAAUUCUGACCCAAAUGCCAAGCCGAGGUUUAGCAACACGCAUGUCACUCACGCUUCGCCCAUUAACCGCGCGAGACAUGCUUGUGACGAGUGCCGCAGGAGAAGAGUCAAGUGCGAUGAAACUCAGCCAGCUUGUACCAGGUGCUGGCGUCUAAAUAAGAACUGCGUAUGGGGUAAACCACCGCAAUACGGCAAGAUGGGGAAAAAAUCAAAUUGAGCAGAACGUAUGGA